GUUAAGGCAAAAGAGUAGUAGCAAAAGAUGUUGUACAUUAUAGGGUUAGGUUUAGGAGAUGAAAAGGACAUAACCCUGAGAGGACUCGAAGCUGUCAAGAAAUCUCAGAAAAUAUACAUGGAAGCUUACACUUCUCUCUUGUCCUUUGGUCUCUCUUCUGAUGGUCUUUCCAAUCUCGAAAAGUUUUAUGGGAAACCAAUCACACUUGCUGAUAGAGAGAUGGUGGAAGAAAAGGCAGGGAAUAUGAUUGAAGAAGCCAUUGAUAAUGAUAUUGCUUUCCUCGUUGUUGGUGAUCCCUUUGGAGCUACAACGCAUAGUGAUCUUGUUGUUAGAGCUAAGAAACUCGGUGUAAAAGUAGAGGUAGUUCACAACGCAUCUGUCAUGAACGCUGUUGGAAUCUGUGGUCUACAGCUUUACCAUUACGGAGAAACAGUUUCAAUCCCAUUCUUUACCGACACUUGGAGACCUGAUAGCUUUUACGAGAAGAUCAAGAAGAACCGUGCUCUUGGACUGCACACGCUUUGUUUGCUUGAUAUAAGAGUGAAGGAGCCUACUUUUGAGUCUCUUUGCAGAGGAGGGAAGAAACAGUAUGAGCCGCCUAGGUAUAUGUCUGUUAAUACAGCGAUUGAGCAGCUGCUUGAAGUUGAGGAGAAGCGUGGAGAGUCUGUUUAUGGUGAAGAGACAGAGUGUGUGGGGUUUGCUAGGCUUGGCGCUGAGGAUCAGAAGAUUGUUUCGGGGACGAUGAAACAGCUGGAGAGUGUUGAUUUUGGAGCUCCGUUGCAUUGUCUUGUGAUAGUUGGUAAGACUCAUCCUGUGGAAGAAGAGAUGUUGGAGUUUUACAAAUUAGAAGCUGCAAAUUAAGAGACCACAGGAACUGAAGAAUGUCUCUCUGAAGAAGAAGAGAUUGAAACUAGGAACCGAUAAGUGAAACAGGUUUCUUUAUGUUUUCGUUUGUGGUGUUUUGAUGACUAUGAUGUGGCUUUAACUAUGAGAGGGUGUGUAUUGAAAUAUUCAUUUGGCUCGAGUUUUGGGCGCAUGCACUUCUUUGUUUCAGUAAGAAUUUCAGUUUGGGAUUUUAUUUAUUUGAUUUGGCUUGGUUUGGGUUUAGGAAAAGAGAACUUCUGUCGGUUUGUUAUGGUUCGGUCUGUUUCUUGAAAUCAAUCAUCUUCGGUUAAGAAGAUUGUAUUAAAGCCUACACAAUAGAUCAAUUCGAUGAUUCAGUAUAAGUGUUCUUAUA